GGAGGAAUGCUGAAGAUGUAUCUACUUUCUCAUUUCUAUUAGUGAACAAACAAACAUUAUAAGAAGCAAAACGAACAUGAUCCAAGGAAAAGUUUCAACUUUGUUACUCCUAGUAAUUUACCUAGGAGGAUCUAAAUGCCAAUCUGCGCCUUGGCCCCCUGUUGUCCCUCGUCCACUUUGUCUCUCUCAAUUUACACUUGUGAACAAUGCAUGUCAAUUUUUGCCAUUUACUCCUUUGCCUCAACCAGGACCCGUACCUGACCCAAUAUCCGUGAUCUCUCCAGCACCCGCACCCGCGCCUGCGCCUGCGCCUGCACCUGGACCUUCAUCUCCUACGGGUCUCGUGUAUACAUAUACUCCAGUAGAAGAGGAAUGUUGUAGGUGGAUGAAAGCUGUCGAUAGCGAAUGUGUCUGUUCUCUAUUGGCUCAUUUGCCUACUUUCCUUUCUAGGCCUGUCCAUCAGUAUACUACUUUGGCUCAUGCAACUUGCGGUGUAACUUUCACGUGUAGUUCCUCGGCUAGGUUCCAAAAUAAUAAUCAUCAGAAGUCACACCAGUCUCCAUAAGUAUGUAUCGAUGAUUAUGUUUCUCUAUAAUUAAAACGCCAUGUGGAAUGGAGUUUGGCCGACUCCUAAUAAUUACUACGUUAUUAAUACUUAAUAGACAAUAAGUAAAGGUUUUUAGGAGGGGACAUGGAGCUUAAUUAACCUCUUAAAAGUUUAAAUGUAGUAUAACUCAUUGUAUUA